AUGGCGGCUCUCACGGACCUCUCCUUUAUGUACCGCUGGUUCAAGAACUGCAACCUGGUACGAAACCUCUCAGAGAAGUACGUCUUCAUCACUGGCUGCGACUCGGGCUUUGGGAACCUGCUGGCUCGGCAGCUGGUUGAUCGGGGCAUGAGGGUGCUGGCUGCUUGCUUCAGUGAGGAGGGGGCCCAGAAGCUUCUCCAGGAUACCUCCUAUCGUCUGCAGACCACCCUCCUGGAUGUCACCAAAACUGAGAGCAUCCGGGCGGCAGCCCAGUGGGUGAGGGACCAAGUGGGCGAGCAAGGUCUCUGGGCUCUGGUGAACAAUGCUGGAGUGGGCCUACCCAGUGGUCCCAAUGAAUGGCUGACCAAGGAGGACUUUGUGAAAGUGAUUGAUGUGAACCUGGUGGGACUGAUUGAAGUGACCCUCCACAUGUUGCCCAUGGUCAAGAAAGCCCGGGGCAGGGUUGUCAACAUGUCCAGCUCUGGGGGUCGCGUGGCUGCCAUCGGUGGUGGCUACUGUGUUUCCAAGUUUGGUGUUGAGGCUUUCUCUGACAGCAUCAGGCGUGAGCUCUACUAUUUUGGCGUAAAAGUCAGCAUCAUAGAGCCAGGAAACUACCGGACAUCCAUUCUGGGCAAGGAGAAACUAGAGUCCCGCAUGCAGAAGCUGUGGGGCCGGCUACCUCAGGAGACCCGGGACAGCUACGGAGAAGAGUAUUUACGCAUCUAUACUGAAAAGUUAAAAAACAUCAUGCAGUUGGCCGAUCCAAAGAUCACCGAAGUCACCAACAGCAUGGAGCACGCCAUUGUGUCCCGGAGCCCUCGUAUCCGCUACAACCCUGGCCUGGAUGCCAAGCUCCUCUACCUCCCCCUGGCUAAGCUGCCAACGCCAGUGACUGAUUUCAUCCUGAGCCGGUACCUUCCGAGACCAGCGGACAGCGUCUGAGCCCGGGAGCUUCCAGGGUGGUCAGUGGA